AUGUGUCCCGCGCAAAGAGAAGAGACCAUGUGCGACCUGAGAGAAAGCGCCCACUGCUUUUUACUACACACAAAUGAGCAACCUUUAAGGUUGGCAAACAGCCAAUAUCCGUGUAUUACUGGCUCAUGUUUUGAUAUCUCUUCGUAUCUAUCUGUCUCUUCAUAUCUAUCUAUCCAAGAGUCUGAUCUAUCUAUCCUAUCUAUCUAUCCAAGUGUUUUUUUGCCUAUCUCUAUCCAAGAAGUCUCUUUUUACCUAUCUAUCUAUCCAAGAAGUCUCUUUAUCUAUCUAUCUAUCUAUCUAUCCAAGAAGUCUCUUUAUCUAACUAGUAUCUAUCUAUCCAUCCAAGUCUCUAUCUAUCUAUCUAUCCAUCCAAGUUUCUUUAUCUAUCUAUCCAUCCAAGUCUCUAUCUCAGCGGGUGUGGGCGAAGAACAAAAAAAAAGUCAGUCGGUAAAGAAAAACGCACGUGGAUCGAAAUGGAAAACGGAUGAGGGAGAAAACAACACGUGUGUUGCUACCGUCGAUCGGGAUUUGACAGAAAAACCACGGAAGGAUUACAUUGGCGUUAAAUAUUUUUGA